GGGCCGCCGUCGCUGUACCCGGGCGCGGGCAUCAACCCCGACCUGAACCAGCAGGAUCUCGAGAUGUACUUGGGAAAGGUCUCGCUGAUGAAGUGGCUGGUGACAGCUGCGGUCGGCGUCAUAAUCGCCGCCGAGGCUGCAGCGAUCAUUCUGUCAAGCCACGCCGUCUCCGCAUGGAAGGUGGGCGUGCUGGAGGAGCUGAGCCAGUCGUCAAGUAUCGGCAGCUUUCACGCCUUCCUGUUCCUGCUGUCGUACGCCUUGCCCUGUUCUCUAGGCGCCGCGCUGCUCGUGACCUACGUGGCGCCGCACGCCGGAGGCAGCGGCAUCCCGGAGAUCAAGGCCUACCUCAACGGCAUCAACAUGCCGCAGGCCUUCACCUGGAAGGCCAAGCGCUCUGCCCCCCUCCUGUAG